AUGGCCGUGAAUUUUACUCAAAUCCCAACCAUUGAUUUGGCCCAGGCGCAGUCUCUCGCUACAAAGCCCUCGUUCCUGUCAGAUCUCCGAGAUGCUGUUGUGAAAGUCGGAUUCUUCUACCUGAAGAAUCACGGCGUCCCAGACAAUGUCGAGCGGGAUUUCGUAGAGCAAUCUAUCAAAUUCUUCGAUCUGCCCUUGAAAAAGCGCCUGGAAGUUGAGAUGCUGCAUAGCAAGCAUUUCCUUGGUUAUGUUCGCGAGCAAAACGAGAAAACAGCUCAGCGGACUGAUUACCGCGAGACAUUCAAUCUUGGGAUGGAUCUGGCUGCUCCAGGGGACGAAGAGCCCGCGUAUCGCAAUAUGGGCGGUCCCAAUCUUUGGCCGAACGAGACUGCGAUUCCGGGAUUCCGGAAAGCAAUGGAGAAUUACAUGAAGCACAUCCAGACGCUGGGUGACAACUUCAAAGUCCUAGUAGCGGAAGCGUUGGACCUAGAGCCAACAGCCUUUCUCCGCUUCUUUGACGACCAACCACAAGAUAGACUGAAGCUCGCCAAGUACCCUGUGCCAUCCUCCAUUGCAGACAGUGGGCCAUUAGACUCCUUUCAGGGAAUCGGACCGCACAAGGACAGCAGUUUCUUAACCUUCCUUCUGCAGGGAACUCCCCACAAGGGCCUCGAGGUUCAGAAUAAAUCAGGGGAAUGGAUACCUGCUCCCCCGAUCCCUGGAACCUUGGUCGUGAACAUCGGUCGCAUGUUUGAGGCCCUGACCGGUGGUGUGGUGACAGCCACUACACAUCGAGUCAGUCUGGAAGAGAGCAACUUCGUGGCUCGCAAUGGCCGACAUUUGGGUCCGCGGUUCUCGUUUCCCAUGUUCCAGCUUCUGGCCCUGGACCUAACGCGAGACCAGAUGACCCUGGAUAUGCCACCCCAUGUAGUAAGCCUCGCCAAGCAGAUCAAGGUCAUGUCAGACGCAGAGAAAUUCUUCGAGGAAAUGUUCCGGGAUUGUGCUGGCAGCGGCCUUUUCAUGGCUCGUGUCAUCAAGCACGAAGACGUGGCGCGCAAAUGGUAUCCUGAUGUGUUAGAUAAUGUCCUGAAGGCGCAAAAGGCGGAGCUUGGUCAUUAA